AUGACUACGGCACCCCCAACGCAGCCCGGCGGAGAUUUUACGCUCCGACCCAUUGAGGACGAGAUGCGUGAAUCGUAUCUGUCCUACGCGAUGUCGGUCAUCGUGGCGCGGGCAUUGCCGGACGUGCGGGACGGGAUGAAGCCGGUGCAGCGUCGGAUUCUGUACGCCAUGCACGACAUGGGGAUACGGCCGGGCAGCCAGUACCGGAAGAGCGCGCGCAUCGUGGGUGAGGUGUUGGGCAAGUUCCACCCGCACGGCGACGCGUCGGUGUACGACGCGUUGGUACGAAUGGCGCAGUUGUUCUCCAUGCGGGCGCCGCUGAUCGACGGGCAGGGCAAUUUCGGGAGUAUCGACGGCGAUCCGCCGGCGGCCAUGCGUUACACCGAAGCCAGGCUCGCGGCCAUCGCCGAUGAACUGCUGGCGGACAUUGAUCAGCAGACCGUGGAUUACUCCGACAACUUCGACGAUUCCCUCAAAGAACCGCGGGUGUUGCCGGCGCGAAUGCCGAACCUGCUGGUCAACGGUUCGUCCGGGAUCGCCGUGGGCAUGGCGACGAACAUGCCGCCGCACAACCUGGGCGAGAUCUGCGAUGCCAUCAACUACGUCAUUGACAAUCCGACGUGCAACGUUGACCAGUUGAUGGAGAUCGUCCCGGCGCCUGAUUUUCCGACCUCCGGACGGAUCCGCGGCGUGGCCGGCGUGCGCGAUAUGUACGCCACCGGCCGCGGGCGCAUCAUAAUGGAGGCGGUAACCGAGAUUGAGGACAUGCCGGGCCGCAAUUCCAACCGGCAACGCAUCAUAAUCAGCGAGUUGCCCUUCCAGGUCAACAAGGCGACGUUGGUUGAGAAGAUUGCCACCCUGGUACGGGACAAGACACUGGUGGGCAUCACCGAGAUCCGCGACGAGUCGGACCGCAGGGGCAUCCGGGUGGUGAUUGAGCUGGCCCGCAGCGCACAGCCCACGGUGAUCCUGAACAACCUGUACAAGCGCACGGCGUUACGGUCGUCCUUCAACGCCAUCAUGCUGGCGCUGGUGGACGGGCAGCCGCAGGAGCUGCCGCUCAAGGAUCUGAUCAACCAUUUCGUGACCCACCGCGAAGAGGUCAUACGGCGGCGGACCGAGUACCAACUGGGGCGGGCCCGGGACCGGGCGCAUAUCGUGGAGGGGCUGCUCAAAGCCCUUGACGCCAUCGACGCGAUCAUCGAAACCAUCCGCAGCAGCCAGGACGUGGAAACCGCGCGCAACAACCUGGUGCAGCAGUUCGACCUGUCGGAGAUUCAGGCCCAGGCGAUUCUCGAUAUGCAGUUGCGCCGGCUGGCCGCCUUGGAGCGCCAGCGGUUGGACGAGGAAUACAACGACCUGCUGGCGACGAUCUCCCGGCUGGAGGACCUACUGCAGAACCCGCAGAAGAUACGCGCGGAGAUCAAGCGGGAGACGCGUGAGGUCAAGCGCAAGCAUGCGGACCCGCGCCGCACCGUAAUAAUUAGAGAGGAACUGCAGGAGCAGUCCAUCGAGCAAUUCAUCGUGCAGGAAGACGUCGUUGUCACGUUGAGCCAACGCGGGUACAUCAAGCGCGUGCCCAUCGACACCUACCGCACCCAAAGACGGGGCGGAAAGGGCGUCCGCGGCGCGAAUAACCGGGACGACGACGUGAUCAUGCAGAUCGCGGUCGUAAACACCCACGAGCAGUUGUUGUUCUUCACCAACAAGGGUCGGGUGUACCCUCUGAGCGUCUAUGAGACGCCCAACGAUUCGGGCCGGACGGCCCGGGGCACCCUGCUGGUGAACCUCGUUCCGUUGCAGCCCGGAGAGCAUGUGCAGACCAUGCUGCCGGCCAGCCGCGACGAAUACAACCGCCUCUACGUCUUCGCCACCCGCAACGGCCGGGUGAACGCGCUGCGUCCGGGCCAGUUGCAGAAUCUCAGGAAGUCCGGGCUCAUCGCGAUGAAGGUCCUGGACGGUGACGAGUUGGUUGCGGUGCGACCGGCGCAAAGCGACGCUUCGAUCAUCCUGGUCACUGAGCAGGGCCAGGCUUUGCUGUGUCCGGUCACCAGCGUACCGGAGCGAAAUCGCAACGCCACCGGCGUGAUCGGGAUCAAGUUCAAGGACGAGUUCGGGGGCAAGGACCACGUAGUCGCGCUUGAAGUGGUCAACGACCACGAGGACGAAUACCUGCUGGUGGUCAGCGAAAAAGGCUACGGCAAAGCCACUCCUUUGUGCAACAGCAAGGGUGAACCCGUAUAUCGCGAAACCAAUCGCGGUGGUAUGGGUGUCAAAACCUUCGCCGUGGACCAGAGCGACAAGCUCACCGGCCCGGUGGUGGACGCCAAGAUCGUCACCUCCGCCGAAAUGAACGACGAGGAAGGGCACGAGGUGUUCAUCAUCUCGGCGCGCGGCCAGGUGGUGCGCAUCAAUCUGGCCGAGAUCAAGGUCGUGAACACUCGCCAGACCAAGGGAGUCAUCAUCUGGCGCGAGCGCGGCGGCGACGACAGUGUCGUAUCCAUCUACUGCUUCCGGGCCACGGACUACAGCCAGGACGACCCGGCCCUACAAGAUGGCGCUGCCGGUACAGCCCUUGCGCAGGCCGAAGAAGUCGCGGCCCAGGCGGACAGCCAGUACGAGGAAGGCGAAGACGAGGACGUUGACGAGGAUACGGCGGAUGAUGACAUCGACGACGAUGGCGAUGGCGACGAUGAUCCGGACACUCACGUGAACGGGCAGGCUCCGCUACUGUAA